UGGAAAUAUUUUCUGAUUGUCUCCCUCAUAUGCUGGAUUCUUCCUUUACUGCCUGUCGCAAUAGCACUAUUAGUAGAUGCGGAUCAUUACAUUACAUUUUAUGAAAACACUGAAGAAGGAUUUUGUUUCCUAGGACAGCUAGUUGUGUUCCUGAUGGCUUUCUUAGUUCCUGUUAUGCUCAUUCUUGUAUUCAAUUCAGUCAUUUGCAUUCUUAUACUUCGUGUUCUUAUCUUGCAUGCUGUGAAAAAAAAUCAGCGGCUACAGAAAUCAACAAUAACUCCAUCAGAAGCAGUCAAAUUGUUACUGUCUUUUACUGGUAUAAUGUUCCUCUUUGGUUUGACAUGGAUCUUUGGUAUCUUUACUUUUAUUUCUGAGCCUGGAGUCUCUUAUGCUCUUCAGUUCUUAUUUGCUUUCUUCAAUGCUUUCCAAGGAUUCUUUAUAUUUAUAUUCUUUGUUGUACUGAGCAGUGAUGCAAGAGCAGCAUGGAAAUCCCUAUUGUGUCUAUGUCUUGUGAAAAAAGGGCAAAUGACAUCAAAAUAUUUUCUGUCUUCUAACAAAAAAAGGUUGUCCAAUGACACUAGCUCUAACACUUAUUCUUCAAGCACCUUUGAAUUUAAAGACAGCACUUCAAAUGAAAAAUCUGGGGAUGAAAUUUAUCUUCCUCCUCUGAUUGAAGAAGAUGCUUUUCCAGCUGAUCAUGGUAGUCAAAAGAAAAGUGGUGACUUGGAUUUGGUUCAACUGAAAGGAGCUCGUGUCAAGCGUCAUUCAACUCAUAAGCACACUCAUCAUGUUGAGCAAGUUGAUGUUGACUUCUAUGACAAUGAUGAAGAUACGUAUGAGAAUGAAUUUUGAAUUUUUUAUUCCUUGAACUUUUAACAUUUUAAUAUAAGUGUACAGUUAGUUGGUGUGCUCUUGUUGAUGCCUUAAUUUUUUGCUUUUUUAAUUAGUUAAUGUUA